AUGUUAUCCCUUUUCUUCUCGGUCAACGUAAGGCGCCGUACGAGCACACCACUCCCACCCACCUACCUAGGCAACGCAUUUCUGGCCGUGAUCACGUCGCUGAAUACCAUAAAAUCUCCAAACCGCGUGCCGCUGACGAUUGGUCUUGUCGACUCGCAGCCGAAUCCCACUGAUUACAAGCGCGGGUGGGGUCGUUUAUUGGGCAAGGUGGAGUGUUUCAGGGUGCCUGGGGAACGGGGAUAUGGUCAAAUUGCCGUCUUUCCCAGGACGAAUGACGGUGGUUUGGAGGAAGAGGCUAUGGAACGGCUAAUGAGCGAUGUGAAUUUCAUUGAGAGUGCGGAAUUAAGGGAAUAG